GUACACAUGGGGGACAGACUGAGUGAAGAGUGAGAGAGGAGUUAGGCAGGGCUGUAUAUUGUCACCAACCCUUUUUAGCCUGUAUACAGAGGAGGUAGCAGCCAGGAUGAGAAGAAUGAAUGUAGGGGUAAGUGUGGGGGAAUGAUAAAGUAUGUGUACUCCUUUAUGCAGAUGACGUAGUUGUUAUGAGUGAAUGGCAGAUGAGCUUCAAAGUUUGUUGGAUGUAGUGGAUGGCUAUGGUAAAGACUUUGGAGUAAGGUUUAGCAGUGAGAAAAGCAAAGUAAUGAUUGUGAAUGGGUCAGAGGAUGAAAGUAAUGUGGUAUGGAGACUUGGAGAGAAUGAGUUGAGACAGGUGCAAGAAUACAAGUACUCAGGGAUGUGGAUGAGUCCUAGUGGGUGUGCAAAGGCAAAGAAUGAAAAGAUAAAUAUGCUAAACCAGUGGGUAGGUCGACUGGGAAGCGCGGCAAGGAUGAGAGCAAGAGUUGUCGAUCCAAAGGCCUGACUCAGGAGUGAUCCUGUGCCACCUGUACCAUCAAGAUCAAGAUCAAGACAACAGUUCCCUCGUGUUUACUACCACAGUGCAUAGAAAUCUUAUCUUUUUUCGCAAAUUUCCCAAGUAAUUCCCCACCCCGGAGGCCGCCCCCAGUACCCCAGUUCCCUGCAUCCAUGGUUUAUAUUGUUAUUCUUCAAGAGGUGAGAGAGGCAAGGGACGAGAGACGCAAGGGAGAGAAGCAAGGGAGAGAGACAGAGUUGACCCGUGUGGCUCCUCUCUGGUGGUGAAAGCAAGUGACGGCAAGAUGGUGAUGGUGACCCUGCCCAACCCCCUCCAGGUACUGCCAUGCACCUUCACCACUGUCAUUACCAUCACCACCACCAGGAAAUGCACAAGGGAAAACUUGGAGGAUGUGAUUGAGGUGCAGGGUGUGGGUCAGGGGCAGAAGGUGACGUGCCAGAGUGACGUCACGUUCCCCCAAAUGCAGGCCGGCAAGUUUGCUGACGUCACCAGUCGUCAGUGCACGGCGGGUGCUGCAAGGGGAACUGCAGGAGGUGGACCUGUUCAGCAUCUCAUCCCUCCCUGCCCUCUCCCCUGACAGGAGCAUGCCAGACCCAGGGGUGCCCAAGGAAACGGUUGCGGUGGAAACUGGCGUACAGCUGUGCCUGAGCCUGCCGUGGACGCAUUUCCCAGCCCCCGAACUGAACGGUCAACCUGCCGCCAAUCUCAACUUCAACCAGAACAGCUCGGACACGGCUGGCCAGGACAACCACCGCAACACAGACAUGCAUGCACCUGAUAUGGACAUGAAAAUGGAGGGACAGGAGUCCCACGUGAUGGUGUCCGACAGGGAUGCCUCAGUGCAGGAGGGGGAACGGCAGGCAGAGACCCGCAAGCGCCCCUGGGAGAAGCCUGGAGUUAACCGAGCCAAUGAAAGCAGAAUCAAACUUUCCAUUCCAGUCAACUGAACCUGUGAAAGUUCCCAAUCCGGCCAAGCAGGUCUCAGAAGGUGCGGCGUCCAUGCACCCCGUGAUGGUGCUGCACCAGAUGAAGCCUGGCCUGCUGUACAACACUAACCAGACCACCAGGGAUAACAAGCCUUUCUUCACCGUCACCGCCGACAUCGAUGGCAAGGAGUUCUCAGGCAAGGGGACAAAUGUGAAGAAAGCCAAGUUCUUCCUGGCCAACACAGCAAUACUGGGACUGUACGGGGUAGAAUCCACCUUUGAGAUCUCCGCUUAAUAGAAGUACUAGCUGCCUGGGUACUGGCGGCGGUGUGCGGGGCAGGCGGUCCCUCGCACACGUGGCUGUAGAGUCUGCUACGUGAUAAUGACAAAGUAGAUAGGUAGCUACAUAGUAUUUUAACCUGAAGUCCUGUCUGUGAGUGUUGUCUUGUAUGUUGCUGCUUGCUGAAGGCAGGGAAUGUACUGAACUGGACCUGAGUGGCUUACAAAACUCCUGUGGAAAGGAAGUGAUGGUCUGUGCUAAAUGUUGCAGUCUGACGAGUGACGUGGAAUUCAAUUUUUCCACGUGUAAAUUCUUCCAGUCCAGUGUUUACCUUUAUUUUGUUCCAGCUCUGUUACUUAGUGCCAGAGUUAGAAGACUGACAUUUAACGGAAUUCUUAUUUAUGAUUUUGACGUACUUUCUUUUCCCAUUUAUUUACUUAGCCCAUGAAGUGUGGGUGCUCCUUGUAAAUGGUCGGUGCUGAGCCUGCCAUGAAUGCAAAUCAAAUGCAGCUGAUUGUGAAAGACAGGCACAGGAGAAGGGGUCAGUCACUCAUUCCUGCUUGUGUCAGAUCACUCAUCUAGUGUUCUGCUGUGGAGUGGAGUGGGUGAUGAGAGGGCUGUGGUGAUGGGACAGUGACAGACAAGCCCUACUUACUGAAAACAAAAGUGUGCGAACUCAUCACAUCAACACUUAUUUAGCUUCCUGACAAAAAUGGCAUCCAGUUUCAGAUGUUUAAGGUAUUUAACUCAUCUAUUUAUUUAAAGGUACCCACUCUUUAUGGGUUAAAUGAAAGCUGUACUCUAGUUUAGCAGUCAGUCUCACCACUUGGUUUAAUGUGAGCAGGUAAGGAAGCCCUAGAACCUGGCCCUUGGUUAGGUUCUGGUGACUUCUGGCUGGAAUCUCAGUACCUUAAUUUCUCUUCUGGUUGAAACUUUCUCCUCAAACACAACUGGCUGGAGCUGAGUCCUGGGAUGGUCAGCUGUUUAAAUAUUACUACACAAAAUGUUAUGAGUUUGAAUACAUAAUGAAAAUUUCUUUAAUGUGUAUGUAUGUAAAGGUUAUAAAAGCAAGUAUUUUUUUUCUUUUUCAAUUUUUGUAUAUAAUUGAGGUUAAGAUGAAUUUGAAACAUUGAUUGCAAUUUAUCAAGCUGGUGUUUUUGGUUUUGAAGGAAGUGUAAGUGCAAGAGGUAUGAAUUUGAAACAUUGAUUGCAAUUUAUCAAGCUGGUGUUUUUGGUUUUGAAGGAAGUGUAAGUGCAAGAGGUAUGAAUUUGAAACAUUGAUUGCAAUUUAUCAAGCUGGUGUUGGUUUUGGUUUUGAAGGAACUGUAAUUGUGCAAGAGGUAAUCAUUUGAUCAGAGUGGAAUUAAUGAAGCAGUUUACCACACCAGUAUUGGCAUUCCUGCUCCCUGUGUGUCCACCUUACCUCACACACCCUGACGUUUGCCUCAACGCCUUCAUUUAUCACCAAUGCAGUUAGGUAAAUUAUCACUUAUUACUAUUUUCUCAUAUGAAUUCAGAAACACUGUCAGCUUAUCAAAUAGUGUAUCUGUUAAUAUAACCUUUUGUAGGCAACUUGUCCUGUAACCACCUAUGACAUUUUAGGCUCAUUUUUGUACCAGCCUCUUCAACAGUUCUAUAGCUUAUGGAAAACUAAAUUAACUUCCUAUUCUCUCAUUUCCUCUGUCCAUACCAGCAGUUCUCAUAGUACUCUCAAUGUUGAAGGAUGAUAGCAGUCCAAGGGCAGAGCUAGUGAGUUUCUUUGAGUCUCCCCAAUAAUUGUUUUCUUUUGUAGCUUGCGGUGAAGAGGAGGAUAAUAGCGGUAAUUAAAGGUUUAGUGAUUAUAUGAAAAAAGUAUUUUUAUAAGGCGUGUAUUCGUGGGAGUGAUUUAAAAGUCUUGAAACAUUUAUUAUAAAUAGUCUUUACUUAUUUCAACUGUAGUUUUCUCUAAUCAAUGGUAAUACGAAUAAUAGAAUUACAUCAUGUUGCGUCAGCCUACCAGUAACUCAUAAGGUAUCAUACCCUAGCUUAUAAAAUAUGUUAGUAAUUUAGAAUUCAAUUAUUAACUUCAACUAAUGUCCAGCCUAUAUGCUCACCUUGCUAGCCAAUUAUUCCUGCAUUUUUAUUUAAACUCACGGUUCAGUAAAAUUAUUUGUGAAAGAAGAGAGAGAGAGAGAACUAGCUAAGGUUCCAAUAACUUCAGAUGCCUGUGGGUGUUGAGGGAGAGAGCACAAAAUGGCGUCUCCCUUCCCUCUGGCAACAGGUGGGUCUCGUAGCUCUGAAAUAUUUGAUUUUUCUUUUAUUUAGAAGUGAAUAUUACUGUGUUCAUGUUUAUUAUUCAUGUCUCUAGUGAAGAUAUAGUGACUGUACGUGUUGACAGAAUGGCGUCUCCCUUCCCUCUGGCAACAGGUGGGUCUCGUAGCUCUGAAAUAUUUGAUUUUUCUUUUAUUUAGAAGUGAAUAUUACUGUGUUCAUGUUUAUUAUCCAUGUCUCUAGUGAAGAUAUAGUGACUGUACGUGUUGACAGAAUGGCGUCUCCCUUCCCUCUGGCAACAGAUAAAAUAGCCAGUGUUGGUCCCACGUGGAGACAGGCCACAGUCUUGGGAAAGUGUUAGCCAUGUAAUGUUUCUUUAGUCAAAUAUAAUCUACUGUGAAUGUGUUGUGAGCAAUAUUAUUGCCGUAGAGAAGUGAUGGAGGAAGGCUGUGACGUUAUUUAGGGAUAUAACGGUGCCCAGAAUGAAUGGUGGUCUUGAGGAGUUAUAAAAGUAAUUAUUUUCUUGUGUAUUCGUAGUGUUAAGUAACGGAGUAUAAGUGUAUAUGCCAUACCAGAAUUUCAAGUGUCAUAGUGGGUCAAUCAACCCAAAGAAUCCCAUCAGUAUUAUUCAUUUAAUUAUUUUUGCUAUUUUUAUAUUUUUCGUUCCUCCUAAUAAAGCCACACUGUAGG